AUGAGUUCGGAAUUACUAAUGGCUGAUUCUAAAGCAGGAGCGAGAACCACGGAAGGGCUCUUCAAAGCUGAAACCAUCGUCCUACCGAGGGACAAAACCAAUAGAUUCGUUUAUUUCUUUAAACAGAACAUUGCAAGUUUCUAUUUUAGUUUGUUUUUGAUUAUCGUGACGGUCACUUCUGGCUAUAUGGGAUUCCGUACUGACGACGAUGUGGUUACUUUCUUUGGCUUUUUUUUCAUGAUUCUUGGACUCGCUUCAUUUUUGGUCUUUUUGAUCGUUCUUCAUGGAAAUACCUCAGCAAAAUGCAAGUUAAAUGCCCUUAGCGAUGAAUGCAAAAUUAAGUUAUUGGUGGAAGUUAUUACUCGUAAGCCUAAUGUGGACAUGGAAACAUGGGAUCCCAUUGCAUGUAGCAUGAAUCAAUAUGCAUAUGAUCGUGGUACAUAUCCUGAUAAAUCAUUAUUUUACGAUGGUAACAUUUGUUAUCGAGUUUUUAGAGAAUUAGCGAUCGUACCGUAUUGCGAAAACCCCAACGGAAAUUGUGCAAAUACUGAUCUGGGAGUGGAGAAUAAUCAAAGAACUAAAUAUGCGAAUAAACUUGGUAAUGACAAGUUACCUUUUGAGUUAAAGACCUAUAUUUUGAAAGCCUUAGCGGUUUUCAGAGAAUCUGUUGACAAGUACUGGGCAGAUAAGUUUCCAGAAGUCACGGUUUGA